CUGUACAUCCAUCUAUGUGCCUGUGAGAGCAAAAAAAAUAGAAUUGACAAGCAACAAAUAUUAUUUGUGUUUUUUUUGGCCCUUACGCGUAACUCGCAAAGGAGAGCAGCAAAAGCAAAUUUGAGAAAACAUUACCGAGAGCACUAUCACAUAAUGCGUCGAUUGCACCAGCACCAGAUAUCAUGCUCCAGUAUUGUCACCGCAAUCAAUGCUACUGCUACCACCACCACUACUGCUACCACAGUCACUACUGUUACUACAACAACACCCACUGCCGCUGUUACUUCCAACACCACUCUUACUGCCACAUAUCAGUUAGACAAGAAGAUAGGACAUAUAAGUGGUCGGAUCGCAUCACUCCAUAUGACAGCAUAUUGCUUUGAUGUACUGUAUGCAGCGUUACGUAAUCAUCAAACUCCGAGAAUACCUCCAGCUAUUCCAAACGAAAAAUAUCCGUUAUUUGUGACAUGGAAAAAGGGUUAUGAUCGGCGUUUGCGUGGUUGCAUUGGGACAUUCACCAAUCUUGUUUUACACAAGGGCCUUCAUGAAUAUGCUAUAAUAAGGAUAGCAGUUCAUGAGGUAAAUGAUACCAAGAGUUACGAAUCACGUUCGGUAGUUGAUUUGCAAUGUUUGCGCGAAAUAAUGCGUUACACAAGUAGUUAUGGCAAUGCCUUCAAGGACUCGCGUUUUGAUCCUAUCACUCUACAUGAGGUUGAUCAAUUGCAUUGUACUGUAAGCAUUUUAAUUAACUUCGAAAAAGCUCGAGAUUAUCGCGACUGGGUUGUUGGCAUUCAUGGAAUCAGGAUUGAGUUUCAAGACAAUCAUCAUUAUCGCGAUGCUGUUUAUCUUCCGGAAGUUGCAAGUGAACAAGGAUGGGAUCAUACAGAAACGAUUAAUAAUUUGAUGAGGAAAGGGGGUUUUCGUGGACACAUCUCUGAAGAAACGCGUAUGAAAGUAAACGUUGUGAGAUUUCAGUCGGACAAAGUGUUAAUGAGUCAUCAGGAAUAUGUAGCCUAUAAAGCAAAUUACGGGGAAGCACUGCUGACCGAUCCUGGUGGACGUAGAGGUCUUUUCCACUCUUGUAGGCCUUAG